UUCAUUUUUGGGGGAGUUAUUGGAGACGUGAGGGUUUUGCGACAUGGGAUGUGGCAUGUGUACAGACUGUAAAGCCCUCUAUGUGAUUUUGGGAUAUACAAAAUAAAAUUAAAGGAACAACAAGAAACACAAAAUGGUUCAGUGAAGUGAAUCAGAGUGACACCUCUUCGUUUUUAUAUAACACAAGGAGUUGAUUAAUAAAUGUACAUCUAUUCUGAAGGCUGACAUUCUGACCGGAAGUCUUUUAUUUUGUCUUCUUGGGCCCCGCGCACUGACGGAGCGGCAAAGUGCGGAAGUUCUCUCAUCCUGCGAGAGGAGAAGAAGAAACAUCAGCAGCAGCAGAAGAAGAAGAAGAGAAGAAAGAAGAAGAAGAAGAAGCCUCUUGUCCGCCCGAACACAACGCGUCUCCGGAGAGGAAUCCUCCACAAACACUACCGCUCCUCCGGUACCCACGGGCGAUGGCGAGGCCGAGCCACAGCGACCACGUCCUCCAGCAGCUCAACAACCAGCGCGAGUGGGGCUUCCUGUGCGACUGCCUCAUCGCCAUCGGGGACAUCUACUUCAGGGCCCACAAGGCCGUGCUGGCGGCCUGCAGCUCCUACUUCAGGAUGAUGUUCAUCCGUGACCAGCAGGGCGCGGGCCGCCUGGACCUCAGCAACAUGCGGAUCAGCGCCGAGUGCUUUGACCUCAUCCUCCAGCUCAUGUACCUGGGUCGCAUCGUGGUGGGCAGCUACGAGUUCGAGGAGCUGAAGGCCUCCAUGGCCUACCUGCAGAUGUAUUACAUCCCCGAUUCGCUCGAGGACCUCCGGGACAUCCGGAGCUCCACCCUGGCCCCGUCCUCCUCCACCUCCUCUUCAGCCUGCCCGGCCGCCGGCAAGAUGAUGUUCGGCGUCCGCAUGUACGAGCUGCAGAGCCCCCCCGCCCCGGAGGCGGAGCUUCUACCAAAAGCAGCCGGCAGCAUUGAUGGCCGUCCUGUCACCGUCAGCAGAGCGGCGGCGGAGGAGGUGGUGUCGACUCCUUUUGUAGGUGCACCACCUGCGGUGGACGGGCCGGCUGACCAGCCCUGCGACCUGAGGAAGAGGCCCGGCGCCAGGAGCUCGGCCCUCAAAGACCGGCCCCGGUUUGGUCGCACCUACACCUGCGACGACUGCGGGUUUGUCUUCAGCUGCGAGAAGCUUUUGAUCGAACACAUCCUGACGUGCACCAACCGGAAGGCCUUCCAUCAGCCGAGGGGCGGCGCCGAUGGGGACGAGUCCAGCAAAGCCGAGAGCUCCGCCUCCGAGAGCGCCGAGGAGCUUCGGUUCACCUGUAAAGGCGAGGACGACUGGCCCGACGCAAAGGCCCAGUCCGAUCUUGGCGCCGGGUCGACCCGGGGUGUCUUCAUCAAGACGGAACCAGAGGGAAGCACAUUCUCCCAGAUGGAAGCAGUUCGGGUCGGAGACCGCCUCCGCCACACCACGUCUAAAGACCUGCCGAGAACCGGAUCGGACCGCGAGCCGGAACCCGGCGUCUCGGGUCUGGAGAACAGCGGUGAGGAUGAAGGUAUUCCUGCGAAGCUCCGUAAGGUCAAAGAGGAGCAGCAGGAGGCCGACUCCGCCCCCUGUGAACUGUGCGGCGCUCCGCUGACGGAGGAAGACAAGUCGGCCCACUACCUGUCCAACCACAUGGGCCACAUCUGCGCCUGUGGCAGGUGCGGCCAGGUGCUGAUCAAAGGCCGGCAGCUGCAGGAGCACGCAGAGCGCUGCGGCGAGUCCCAGGGCGGCGAGUCGGACUCCCACGGGGAGGACGAGGCGUCGCUGCUGGAGGAGCCUCAGGAGAUGGAGGAGGCGCUGAUGGAGGCCUCGGACCUGGCCUGCCCUCACUGCGCCGCGCUGUUCCAGAGCGAGAGCUCGGUGCUGGAGCACGCGCUGUCCUGCCACGACCAGGAGCUUUUCCGCCCGGCGCUGCUGGAGGAGGCCGGCGAACUGGACCACCGGCGCAAGCACUUCUGCGGCAUCUGCGGCAAAGGCUUCUACCAGCGCUGCCACCUGCGGGAGCACUACACGGUCCACACCAAGGAGAAGCAGUUCACCUGCCAGACCUGCGGGAAGCAGUUCCUGCGGGAGCGGCAGCUGCGGCUGCACACCGACAUGCACAAAGGCAUGGCGCGCUACGUCUGCCCGGUGUGCGACCAGGGCACCUUCCUCAAGCACGACCACGUGCGCCACAUGAUCUCACACCUGUCGCCCGGGGAAACCAUCUGUCAGGUGUGUUUCCAGAUCUUCCCCGGCGGAGAGCAGCUGGAGAAGCACAUGGACGUCCACUUGUACAUCUGCGGCGUCUGCGGAGAGAAGUUCCGCCUCCGCAAAGACAUGAGGAGCCACUAUAACUCCAAGCACACCAAGAGAUUGUAGCGCCGCUCGCUGCGCCUGCUGCGAAGAAAAGCCAUAAAUGUGACAAACAAAUGCACUUGAGCACCAAAAAGACUACUUGCACUUUUAAAGUAUAUGCAUCACGUGAGCAGGCCUUCAACAGCUGACCUGUUGGCAGCUUUCUACCUGUCUUCUGUUUGUUUCCACAACAGAAGACAUUUCCAUCACGUGUAGCAGCUAACUCGCUAACUAGCUAACUAGCUAACUCGCUAACAUGGUGAAGUAAGGAAACCAGCGAACCAGAUGUUUGAUAGUCUUAAUGUUGGUGAAGAAGCUGGGUUUCAUACGCAGAAGGACCUUUACAUGAUGCUUGCUUUCACAGUUCUUUAAGUCCAAAAACCCAAAGAAGCGAAUCUCAUUGGACGAGCUGGUACCAGUCACCUGAUACGGCUGAGGUUCUGUUGCUGGAGGGGAGUUUGUGCCUGUGUGGUUCUGCUCCUCUCAAUGUGAACGUCUUCAGGAAAACCAUCUGGAACGUUUGCAGUACCCUGAGGAGGGUCCACUUCCUGUUUGAACACUAGUCUUCUUCACAGUGAUGCAUGCUGGGGGAUGGACGCUGCUCGGUUCAGUCCAAACCAACACACAGGAUGUUCUGAAGGAUGAGUGUGGUAGUUAUUGAUCAUUGAUGAUCCAUAUUGAUGUUUGAUGACAUCUGGUCUACAAUAUUUAUUAAUAACAUCCUAAAAAGCAUUUCAAUUAUUAUUUUAAUUUUUAUAAAGCAAUAUUAUAGAAUAUAAUAUUUAAUGCUGAUUAAUAAUGUUUUGGGAAGUGAAAGAUCAUUUAUCUUUGACCCAUUUUAUGGAUUCACAUUUCUCAAUAGGGCGGUGACCUCGUCCGGGUCAGACUGAGACCAGAACCCCGUCCUGGUUCUUCUGCUGAAUCUGUUGCCUUAUAAUUCAUUGUUCACUGUUUUCUGUUCGCUUAAAUAAAUCCACGUUGUGAUUCUGAAGAAGACGAAACCAGCUUUAGACUAAACUGGAACUAGUUUAACGUAUCUGGUCCUCUGGAUCGCAUCAGGAGAACCAGAACCAUUAGAACCCUUGUCUAGCCCCUCACACCCAACACAGACCCAACCUCUUAAUGGUAGAAGCUCCGCCUUCAGUCCCGUUCACACAGGGACCAGGUGUGAAAGGUCAAAGGUCUCUUGUGGUGAUGUCAUCAUUUCAUCAGCUGUUCCUUGUGUUCUUUUCAUCUGAAACUUCUGACUUCUCCAAAUAAACUGAGUUAAGUUAUCUUUGAUUCCUAAUAUUACUAUUGGUAUUAUUAAUAUUUACAUUAUCGCUUUUAUAGUUCUCUGUAUCACUAUUGAUUAUGUUAUGAUUAUUGGUCCUGUGUAUAGUAUUGGUUUGUGUUGUCUACCAUUUACAUACUACUUUGGAGAUAAAACUUGACGGGUCGUACAUUUUAAUAUUCACAUUUUUGGUUUGGAAUCGGACCAGAACCAUCCGGAUUAUUGUGUACAGCGAACAUAUGAACGCUUCACACCGUUCAAAAUGGUAUCGUCUGCUCCAAUGUUCACUUAUGGGUUGAAACACGUUACAGGUUCUAAAACUUCUUUCAUCGAAGCGAACAAAGAAACCGAAUCGCUG